GUCAUCAUACUUGUUAUCUACGACGGAGACUUUUGUGGUGUGACAAAUAUAGUGUGACUGUGCUGAGCUUUCUUACUGCUGCCCUUCUGGUCUCCGGCAGAUCACGUUUAUGUUUCUCAUACGUGAUUGGAAAGAUAUAGGGUCUCGUAGCUCGGACAGCUUGGUCUCUCUCCUAGUCCAACUACAAAGCCGGCCUCCUCCGCUGGGGGAUCUUUAGUUCGGGUUAUUCUGAGAGGAGAUCCAGAGUGACUGGCAGCAGGCGAAGAGUCUGCAGGAGGAGCAUCUCAGCACCUGUAGUCAGAAACAUUGGUUCUUCAUCGAAGGCAAAAGAAGGGGAAGUGUGCUGAAACCUCUCCAAAUUUAUGACCUCAACAAAAACCAACCAAUACCAGCAAGUACAGAUGAACGACUUGUGAUCCCUGUGGAGAAGACUUUCAUCACUAUGAAGAAGGCCAGAAGACGCCAGCGCAUUGACAGUGGAGACAGAAGCUUCAUGUGCAAUCAGUGUGGAAAGGCUUUUACUCAUAAUAGCAGCUUAAAACAACACCAGCUUCUCCACACUGGCAUUAAACCAUUCAGCUGUGAUCAGUGUGGAAAGACUUUUUCUGACAAUAGCAACUUAAAAAGACAUCAGCUCGUCCACACUGGUAUUAAACCAUUCAGCUGUGAUCAGUGUGGACAGGCUUUCAACCAAAAUAGCAAGUUAAAAAAACACCAGCUUCUCCACACUGGAUUAAAACCAUUCAGCUGUGAUCAGUGUGGAAAGACUUUCACUGUGAAUAGCAACUUAAAAAGACAUCAGCUCGUCCACACUGGCAUUAAACCAUUCAGCUGUGAUCAGUGUGGAAAGACUUUCACUCAGAGUGGCAGCUUAAAAAAACAUCUGCUCAUUCACACUGGAUUAAAAGCAUUUAGCUGUGAUCAGUGUGGAAUGGCUUUUACUCAGAAUGGCAGCUUAAAAAAACAUCAGCUCGCUCACACUGGAUUUAAACCAUUCAGCUGUGAUCAGUGUGGAAAGACUUUCACUCAGAGUGGCAGCUUAAAAAAACAUCAGCUCAUCCACACUGGAUUAAAAGCAUUUAGCUGUGAUCAGUGUGGAAAGGCUUUUACUGAAAAUGGACAUUUAAAAAGACAUAAGCUCAUCCACACUGGAUUAAAAGCAUUUAGCUGUGAUCAGUGUGGAAAGACUUUUACUGAAAAUGGCAACUUAAAACAACAUCAGCUCAUCCACACUGGAUUAAAAGCAUUUAGCUGUGAUCAGUGUGGAAAGUCUUUUUCUCCGAGUAAUGGCUUAAAAGAACAUCACCUCGUCCAUGCUGCAGAUAAACCAUUCCUCUGUGCUCAGUGUGGAAAGUGUUUCACUGAGAAUGGCAAGUUAAAACAACAUCAGCUCAUCCACACUGGCAUUAAACCAUUCAGCUGCGAUCAGUGUGGAAGGACUUUCACUCAGAAUAGCAGCUUAAAAAAACAUCAACUCAUACACACUGGAUUAAAACCAUUUAGCUGUGAUCAGUGUGGAAAGUCUUUUACUGAAAAUGGCAACUUAAAAAAACAUCAACUCAUCCACACUGGAUUAAAACCAUUUAGCUGUGAUCUGUGUGGAAAGUUUUUUGCUCAUGGUAACUGGUUAAAAGAACAUCAGCUCAUCCAUACUACAGAUAAACCAUUCACCUGUGAUCUGUGUGGAAAGUCUUUUACUCACAGCAAAAGCUUAAAAGAUCAUCUUCUCAUCCACACUGGAAUUAAAUCAUUUGUCUGUGGUCAGUGUGGAAAGGCUUUUACUCAGAGUAAAACUUUAAAAGAACAUCAGCUCAUCCACACUGGAAUCAAACCAUUCAGCUGUGAUCAGUGUGGAAAAUCUUUUAAUCGGCGUAGAAACUUAAGAAAACAUCAGCUCCUCCACAUUGGAGUUAAACCAUUCACCUGUGAUCAGUGUGGAAAGUCUUUUAGCUGCAUGAGUUCCUUGAAAGAACAUCAGGCCAUCCACACUGGCAUUAAACCAUUUGUCUGUUGUCAGUGUGGAAAGGGUUUUGGUUGCAUGGAUGCAUUCAAAAAUCAUCAACUAAUCCACACUGGAGUUAAUUAAUAUUAAUU